GUUAACCACGAACCUGGGUAGCUACUAGCUACCUCAUCCUCUCCGGUUAUCCUAUCCGAAGUUCCAACUAAACAUCGUCAGCCCUCCACCCAAAAAAAGCACGGCGCCAAUUUAGCUGGUGGUGGUAGGAAUGGCCGAGCCUCGGGCACAAAAGGAGAAAGAGCCGAGAAAACAAGGGAAGAAAAUGAGAAAAUGAGUCCGAUUCUGCGGAGGACGAAGAUUCCUCGGACCUUCAUUCCCCAGAUUUUGGGAUUCGCGAGCAGGUCAAUCAAGUCCUUCAGAUUCCCUGGCGAGCCUCUCGACUCUUCAUCCAUCACCUAUGGCGUCCAUGUCUUCCAAUGCCCGGUACCCUCCACCAAUAACUUCCUUCCUGUUUCUAUCGACGCAGUAAUUACAUUUGCAACUUUCGAUUUGAAAUGGGGUUUCUGCCGUUUCACAGGAUGCUCGUGGUAUCGUCGCGAAGCUGUCGGAUUGCAUUGCUUCCAGAGGCGGGAACAUCCUCGGAGCUGACGUUUUCGUGCCGGAGAACAAAGAGGUUUUCUAUUCCAGAAGUGAGUUCAUUUUCGACUAUGUUAAAUGGCCGAGGGCACAGAUGGAAGAGGAUUUCAUGAAGCUAUCUAGAUCGUUCAAUGCAACGAGAUCUGUUGUUAGGGUGCCCGAUCUAGACCCAAAGUACAAAAUUGCCGUUCUUGCUUCAAAACAG